AUGCUGAUGGUAGCAUCAGUCACGAUGAACCCUGCUCACUUCUUCUUCGUGCUUCUUCUUGCCAUCAGCCAAAGGUGCUUCGCAAUGUAUCCGUACGGAGGUUAUUAUGGACCUAUGGCUGGUGUUCCUAUUGUUCACGCAGCACCAGCGUUGCCGCAUCCGAUUGCUUUUUCGAAUGGACCGAUUUAUACUUCAAUUACACCAUCGAUUCAUCCUAUCUAUCAUACUCCACGACUUGAACUUCGCAAUAUUAUUCGUACUGGCAGCAAAGACACUGCACACUUCGCGGACACUAUGCAUCGUUCGUUAGGAAUGCCUUUCCACAAGAAGAGGAACUACUGA